UAAUUGACUAAAAAGAAAUUAUUUUAGCGAUUUGGGUGGCUUUGAUUUUAUGUUUCUUUCCCAAGCUGGUAUCUCAUGAUCUGCUUCUGCUUCACUUCUGAUCGAAUGCAGUUGGGCGUGAUGGUGCUGACAUGUACUUCAACCCAAUCUUUACUCGGAGACUUUCGACUUUGACUAAACUACAUCCUUCAACGUCCCUCGUCAAUUCCAAGAUCAAAUCUUUAGUCCGACAGUCUCAGUACACAGAGGCCCUGAAGCUAUAUUCACCUGAAAAUGCCACCAAGUUCACCUUCCCUUCUCUUCUCAAAGCCUGCGCUUCUCUUCGCAACCUUUGCUACGGAAAGACUGUCCAUUCUUCGGUUAUUGCUUUGGGUCUGCGAGAUGAUCUGUACAUAGCAAGUUCACUCAUUGACAUGUACGUGAAAUGUGGGUCUUUAGAUGAUGCCAUCCGGGUGUUUGAUGAAUUGACUGAGAGUCAAGCGUUGAGUCAGGAUGUUACGAUCUGGAACUCUUUGAUCAAGGGGUACUGUAGAUAUGGCCAUCUUGGCGAGGGUAUUUGUAAGUUUGGUGAAAUGCAAUUGUUGGGUGUGAGACCUGAUGAGUAUACUCUUUCUAUACUGUUAGGAGUUUGUGAUGGCCAUUUGGGAUGUAUGCAGGGGAAGCAAAUUCAUGGUUAUGCUGUCAGGAACAUGUUCAGUGGUGACACUUUUUUAGAAACUGCUUUGAUUGACAUGUACUCAAGUUGUGGGAGACUGAGGGAUGCGUUCAUUUUGUUUGAUAAUCUGGUGGACAGGAGCAAUGUAGUAGCAUGGAAUGUAUUAAUAAGUAGGCUGACUGAGAAUAACCUGUGGGGGUAUAGCUUGAGAUUCUAUUCAUUGGCGAAGAAUGAGAAUGUGAACCUCGUAUCAGCAACAUUUUCUAGCGCUUUGAGUGCUUGUUGCUGUGGUGAAGACAUGUGUUUUGGCAGACAAGUCCAUUGUGAUGUGAUUAAGAUGGGUUUUCACGACGAUCCCUAUGUCUCUACUGCUACUUUAACUAUGUAUGCAAAGUGUGGAUCAGUUCGAGAUGCCGAGUGUCUUUUCUCUCAGUUAGAGAGAGAAAUUGAGUUAUGGAAUGCGAUGAUCUCAGCUUAUGUCGGUCAUGGCCACUUCAAUGAUGCUAUAGAAGCUUACAACCAGAUGAGAGCAAGUGGCACAAAGUUGGAUUCUGUCACAUUUUCGAACAUUUUAACUUCCUGUAGUAUGGCUCUGCUUCCUAAGUUUGGAAGAUCAGUCCAUGCAGACUUGAGCAAGAGACCAAUACAAAAUAAUGUUGCUACACAGAGUUCGCUGCUGACGAUGUACUCCAAAUGCGGACACGUUGAAGAUGCUAAUUUGGUUUUUUCUUGCAUGACAGAGAGGGAUGUGGUAGCAUGGGGUUCCAUGAUAUCAGGUUUUUGCCAAAAUGGAAAAUAUAAGGAGGCUAUUGGUUCUUAUAAAGGCAUGGAAAAUGAUGGGAUCAAACCAGAUUCAAAUAUUAUGGCAAGUGUAAUUGAUGCCUGUGCGGGGCUAGAGAAAAUCUCUCUGGGUAAAGCCAUUCAUGGAUCAGUGAUAAAGAGUGGACUGGAAUCCGAUACCUUUGUAUCGAGUUCGCUUAUAGAUUUGUACUCUAAAUGUGGUUGGCCAGAUACAGCAGCAGUUUUAUUUUCUAAUAUGCCGCAUAAGAACCUUGUAUCUUGGAAUUCCAUGAUGUCAUGCUAUAGCCGAAACGAUCUCCCUGAACUUUCAGUCCGUCUAUUUUCUCAAAUUGCAGAGCAAGGUAAAAAUCCAGAUUCCGUGUCUGUCUCAACUGUACUUGCUGCAAUUUCAUCUUUAGCAUCAUUGCUUAAAGGAAAAACUGUCCAUGGAUAUCUGGUAAGACAGGAAAUUUUGUGGGAUCUUCAAGUAGAGAACGGACUAAUCAAUAUGUAUAUCAAAUCUGGAUGCAUCAACUAUGCUGAGCAGAUCUUUCAAAAAAUGCCACAAAGGAACCUAGUGACAUGGAACUCGAUGAUAUCUGGUUACGGACAUAAUGGGGACUACCUUAAGUCCAUCCAACUAUUUGACGAAAUGAGAAUCUUAGGAAUAGAGCCUGAUAAAGUAACCUUUAGGUCAUUGAUCUCAUCUUGCAGGCAUUCUGGUUUAGUUGAGGAAGGCCUGAAACUUUUUGACUUGAUGAAAGAGGGGCAUCACAUUGAGCCCGAAACAGAGGAUUAUGUUAACAUCAUUGAUCUCCUUGGCCGAGCUGGACGCUUGGGCGAUGCUUAUAAUUUCAUAGAAAGCAUGUCCAUGGUACCCGAUAGAAGCGUUUGGCUCUGUUUGUUGUCUGCAUGUCGAAUCCACAGAAGUGUUGAGCUUGGGGAAGUGGCAGCUUCCAACUUGUUGAGGAUCGAACCAGACACAGGAAGCAAUCAUGUUCAGUUGUUGAAUCUUUAUGGAGAAGCUGAGUUGCGGGAACAGGCAGCGCAAUUCCGGGCGUCCAUGAAAGAGAAGGGGUUGAGAAAGAGCCCUGGUUGCAGUUGGAUAGAGUUGAGGGAUAGAGUUGAUGUUUUCUACUCGGGAGGUUUGUCCACCCAAAGUACUGGCGAUAUUUGCAAUACAUUGACUAAUUUAAAUAGGAACAUGGGAAAGAUAGUUGUGGAUGAUACAUGCCUUGAGGCUUUCUAGUGUCCGAGGGAACACGGGAGAACCCAAGUUUCGAGAUAUGCGUGGGACUGAGCUCCAGGAAAAAAGGAAAAAGGUGGUCCACAGAUCACCUAAUAGUAGGUGUACUAACACUGAGAAAGUGCCUUGAAAGUAAUUUUGGUUGGAGUUACUGUGCUGAUACAAUAGUGGUUAGAUUCAAAGUUUGAUUUGAUUUCUGAAGUAAACUAAUGCCAGGAAUUGCUGAGAUAUUCGCAUUGGUGAAGGCUCAUUUGAAGCUCUGGGAAAUGCAGGUGUUGAAUUAGCUCUAGCGGGUAGACCCGAGAGGGAACAUUGGAAGUGUUAGAACUUGGCUUUUCUCUAGGGGCGUCGAGACCUGCCGGUGCUGCAUAAUAUUGACAAGUCUGGAACCAAAAAGAUACAGUUCUUAGAUAAAACAUAAGCAUGUUCUAUCUUAUGAGGAGUGGUUCCAUUUUUUCAGUUUGUCAUUGUGCCACUCACGGGUUUAUCCUGCAAUCAGUAUACGCAGAGGAUAAAAGAAGUUACCAACACAAGCCUCUGGCCAAUGUGGCAGUUCAAAUUCGAGUAUCACCAGCUUAGCGGAAUGGAGCCCAUCAAAAGAAAGAGAUGAGCUCAUCGAAACGUUUUGCAGCUUUUUCAUAACAUCAUUUCUCAGAAGAGUACUUUUGCUUUGUUGAGUUUAUUGUAUUUACACCUCAGCUAUCAGUGACUUCCAUUCAUCUGCCCGAUGGUUUUACGUCAAACCGCCUAAUAAGUUAGAUCCUGCCCCUGCUCCCCUCCCUGUCAUAUGGCGCUUAUGAACUUUAUUCUAAUUCUCCUCGUUAUUAGCACUUUCUACGGCAGAAAACAAAACAAAACAACGGAAGAAGUAUACACUGUCAAAGGUUAGUUCCUGGCA